CUGAUGUCCGUGACGUCACGGUUAGUGUGACGUCACUUGUCAUCAUGGCGGAGGAGGAGAAGGCGCAGACGGCCGCUCCUGGAGGAGACACCAUCUUUGCCAAGAUUAUCCGCGGUGACAUUCCCACCAAAUUCAUAUACGAGGACGACCAGUGUGUAGCGUUCCAUGAUGUGUCGCCGCAAGCACCAGUCCAUUUCUUGGUGAUACCUCGCAAGCCUGUAGCCAUGUUGUCUGAUGCUGAAGAUUCAGAUGAGCAGCUGCUGGGCCACAUGAUGAUAGUGGCACGCAAGGUGGCCAAGGAGCAGGGAUUGGACAAGGGGUUCCGUCUGGUGGUGAACAACGGCCAACACGGGGCUCAGAGUGUUUACCACCUCCACCUACAUGUAAUGGGUGGCCGACAAAUGCACUGGCCUCCUGGCUAAGUGGAUAAUGCAUCACAUUCCAUUGACUUGCUACAACUGGGGAAUAACAGCAGCAUCACCCAAGCUGUUUUUUACUGUCUGCAAUCUCCCAUGAUUGUUGGCUUAGUUAAUGGUUAAAAAUGCUUGAGGCAGUCAGAUGCUUGUAUGUCCACAUUGUGUUCCUGACUAAAGUUUAAUGUUUUGUUUGAUGGUGAAUGUAAGUGGAUACAUUUAUUUAUAUUUGCCACUUGAAUCAUUGGAAUCCUCUCAAGUUUGAAGAGAAAUUCAAUUGUUAAAGUUUAUGUAUUAGAUUAAGCUUGACAUAAUUGAAAUUGAAGUAAAUUUUGUACUAUGUUGAAAUUCAUACUUAUUGUUCUAGUUCACAUUUAUGAGAUAGAAAUACUGUACUUGAAUGCUUCAGAAAUUAGUUCAACUAUCCCUCAUAUAAUUAUAAAUAGGAUUCAUGCUGCCUUAAUAUACAAGUUGCACAAUACAGUAUGUUGAACUGUCAUGAUAGUUUCCAUCCCAGAAUGAAGGUUUCAUCUUGGUAAUUCAUAAUGAAAAUAAAUUGGACCUUUAGAUUGUUUGUGCAUUUUGAGUAUUCCAUCGUUUUAAUUUCUUUGCCACUGUCUCAUUGUCCUUAAAACAAUUGCUGUUAUGUACUUGAUCUAUUUGAAGUCAGCAUUAUUUUAACUCCUAGGUGACUUCUUAUCUUGAAGCAUUUUAAUUCAUCCAGUGUGAAUAUGGUUUAAAUCAUAUUUUGAUUUUCCACUAUAAGAACUUUAUGAAAUUAAUUUUUCCUUAUAAAUUCCUAUAAUCACCAAGAUUUGAUCUCUUGCUAUUAUUACUUAAGGUACAGUAUAUCUUAUCAUAUAUAACAACUCUUUAAUUAGAAAAGUUGUGAAGCAAAUGACAUCAUUGUGCCUCAAAAUAUUUAUUAAAAAUGUUACGUUUGAGACCA